GAGCGAAGGGCCCGGGAUUCCCGGGCGGCUCCGGGAGCGGGCGGGGCGGGAGGCGGGCCAGCAGCAGGAAGGGGCCGGAGCGGCGCUCGGAGCGGACUGGGCCGGUUCGGUGCAACCCGGUCGGCCUCGGCCAGCCUCCGGGAGCUGCACCGGGGAGAGGGGCGCCCCGGAGUGCGCCGCGAGGCGCAGGAGGCACAGCCGCGGGGAGAGCCCCGGGUCCCCUCAACGGGCAGGGGCGGGACCUCCACGGCGCCCCGCCCACCCCCGCCCCGGGCCCCGCCCCGCCCCUUCCCGGCGCGGGGCCGGGGUCCACCUCCCUCCCGCUCCGGCCCGCGACCCGGCGUCGCGCGCUCCCCCCGGGGUGCCAUGGCCUCCCGGCUCCUGCAUCGGCUGCGGCACGCCCUGACUGGCGACGGCCCCGGGGAGGCGGCGGCCGGCCCCGAGGCCGAGCAGUUCCCGGAGAGCUCGGAACUGGAGGACGACGAUGCCGAGGGCCUGUCGUCCCGCCUCAGCGGCACCUUGAGCUUCACCAGCGCCGAGGACGACGACGAGGAGGACGGCGAGGACGACGACGACCCUGACCCCGACCCGCUGUCCGCUGGCGACCGGGUGGCGGGAGAAGACGCAGGCCCAUCCUGUGCUCAAGCAGAACGGAGUCCCCCACCUGAUGGGCAGCGGGGCAGUCAGCUCCUGACCCGGCAGUUGCAAGAUUUCUGGAAGAAGUCCCGGAACACCCUGGUACCCCAGCGGCUGCUCUUUGAGGUGACCAACGCCACCGUGGUUAAGGACCCGCCCUCCAAGUACGUGCUCUACACCCUCGCCGUGAUGGGCCCGGGGCCACCAGAUAGCCAGCCGGCCCAGAUCUCCCGCCGCUACUCAGACUUUGAGCGGUUGCACCGAAACCUGCAGCGGCAGUUCCGGGGCCCCAUGGCUGGCAUCUCCUUCCCCCGCAAGCGCCUGCGCCGGAACUUUACCGCCGAGACCAUUGCCCGCCGCAGCCGGGCCUUCGAGCAGUUUCUGGGCCACCUCCAGGCUGUGCCUGAGCUGCGCCACGCUGCAGACCUACAGGACUUCUUCGUGCUGCCCGAGCUGCGGCGGGCGCAGAGCCUCACCUGCACCGGCCUCUACCGCGAGGCCCUGGCGCUCUGGGCCAAUGCCUGGCAGCUACAAGCCAAGCUGGGCAUCCCCUGUGGCCCAGACCGACGCCUGCUAACCCUGGCGGGGCUGGCCGUGUGCCACCAGGAGCUGGAGGAUGCCAGUGAGGCCCGGGCAUGCUGUGAGAGGGCCCUGCAGCUUCUGGAGGCCGAGAGCCCGCACCCUCUGCUGGCCCCCUUUCUGGAGGCCCACGUGCGGCUCUCCUGGCGCCUGGGCCUGGACAAACGCCACUCCGAGGCCCAGCUCCAGGCCCUGCAGGAGGCAGGGCUGACCCCCACGCCACCCCCCAGUCUUAAAGAGUUACUCAUCAAGGAGGUGCUGGACUAGCAUCACCUAGACUUAAGGCCACUGUGGGAGAGGCGCCGCCCCCAGAUGGGGGGUGGGCUGGGGGGCGGACAAGGACACAGGCAACUGCUGAGAGGCUCCCUGGGGUGCUGGGAACCCCAAGAAGGUCCACAGAGAAUUUGCAGCAGACCAAGGAAACAUGCUCUUCUACUGAGCUGCACUCAGGACAGGCUGGGAUGGUGCAGGGAGAAAGUGAAAGUCUGACGCUGCCUUUCCAGCUUAUGAAUACCUGGGGGCCGUGACCCAGGUCAGGGUCGAUGGUCUGUCUUCCCACAGACCAGCCUGGCUGAAGGGCCAGGGACUGUGGCUGUGGAGUCCUGGAGUUGAUGGCUGGAGGGAGGGCUGCGAUCCUGGCCCAGGGGGAUUAAAGGGAAGCAGCUCCA